AUACUCACACUGUACUGCACUGAGGAACCACAAACACCCUCCAUAUCCAUUCACGCGCAGCUGGAAUGACAUUUUGGCAGGUUCAUUCGCUCUCGGCUCUCUUGCCUUCACUUCUUAAAGUUUGAGACAGCGUGUCAGUGAGGGAAAAAGGUGGAUUUUGAGUUCGAAUAUUAAAUGACCUAAGAAAGCAGAAAGAUUGAGGGCACCACUAAAGUGUACAUUUACAUCAUACGUUAUUUUAUUUUACCCCCAUUUCCAUGGCGACGGCACGGCGCGGUCAUCGAUAAGCGCUCUGUACUGAGUACGCGAGGGAUUUUGUUGUCUACCUGGGGAGGAAAUCUGGAUUAACAGAUGAACUGUAAUGGCUAACUAACGCGUUUCUCUUUUGGACUACUGUGAACGGAUUUCCACUCCGAGAACUCCGCAAAUGAAGAUGGUUGUGUGUGGAUGCUGCGCGGCGUCCUGGAGGAGGUGUGUGGUGAUGAGUCUCAGACUGUUGUUCCUUCUCCCCGCAGGUCUGCCUGUCCGCAGUCAGGGAGAAUCCCAAUCCGAUAACAAACAGAUGGACAAUAUCACCAUCAGACAAGGAGAGACGCUCUUCCUCAGUUGCUCACAAGGGGACUUUGUGACACACACAGCGUGGCUCAACAGAUCAAGUAUACUGUACACCGGAGAGGAUAAGUGGUCCGUGGACCCCCGGGUGAGUUUGGUUACUCUGAACCAGGAUGAGUUCACCAUCAAAAUUGAGGAUGUGGACUUGGCAGAUGAGGGCCAAUACAUCUGCGCGGUGCAGACUAGCAGCAGACCCCGAACCACAUCCGUGCACAUCAUCGUUCAAGUUCCUCCAAAGAUCGUGAACCUGUCGAAGGACCUUGUGGUGAAUGAAGGCUCCAACGUGACUUUAAUGUGCCUGGCUAACGGAAAACCAGAACCUGCCAUCGGCUGGAGGAUGUUAUCACCUUCAGAUGACAGCCUAAGCUCAGACAGCGAGGUUCUGGAGAUUCUAUUCAUCAGCAGAUAUAGAGCAGGAGUGUAUGAAUGCACCGCAUCCAAUGACAUUGCAGUGGACACACAGACUGUUGAGCUCACAGUCAACUACCCUCCCAGUGUUUCAGAUGGCAGAGAUGUCGGCGUGACCCUGGGUCAGAGAGGUGUCCUGCAGUGUGAGGCAGAUGCUGUACCCGAGGCAGAUUUUGAGUGGUACAGAGAUGACAGGAGGAUCUUCAGUGACUUUGAUGGCAUUGAGAUUGAGGAUGCCGGAGCAUUUUCAAAGCUGACAUUCUUCAACGUGUCCGAGGCAGACUAUGGCAAUUACACCUGCAUUGCUAUCAACAAACUUGGGAGCGCUAACACAAGCAUCAUCCUAUACGAAAUAAUUGAACCCACUAGUUCGACGCUAUUGCAAGUGGAGACGGCUUCCGUUUUAGAAAUGACUUCAUCCGAUUUAGAGCAAACAGCCUUUGAAAACAAUGAUAUGUUGGAAGGACCCGGAGCAGUUCAGGAUGGCAACAGCGGCACGUCAACGGUCUUCACACCCACCUGUCUACUUCUCGUCGUACUUCUACAACUCUUGCUCAAGUUUUGAUGCCGAAGAUGUUUCCAGUGGAUAAAGAUCACAGUUUGUGUGACAUCGCUCUCAUCUUGGAGUCACAAAGCGUGCAUGGGUUACCGAAAAUGCCCCAAAAUGUGCAUGGGGUGCCCAAGUACUUCCUUUUAAUAAAGUAAUCAUGCAUUUCUUUUGUUUAUAAUAGAGUUUAAUAAUGUAACUUCUCUUACAUUGCUAAUUGUCGCACUGUUUUGCCCCACUGAACACAGUUUGUAUUCACUAAAAGCAAAUGACAGAGAGGCAUGUUUAAUUUGAAAUAUUUAAUUUAAUUUAUUUUUGUGACUGUCGUUUUAAUUUAACUCUGUAACCCUUAAGAAUUCAUAUAGAAUACAGUGUGAUUGGGGAGUAAAUCAUUCAAGUCAAAGGCAUGUGAUAAGGAAGGGCAUAUGUCUCCAUUUUGUUCUCUUUUUUUUUAUUGUCGCUAUAUUUUUACUGUAUCAUAACUGUACAGCCGAUCAAAAUAAGCAGCAAAAAAGACGCAAGCAUGUUUUUCGAGUACUUCUAAUCUUUAUUUUUACCAUUUAACACACACAAAACAAUGCAGUACAUAUCAGUUUGUUUUUAUUUUGAUAUAUUUUGAUGACCAGAAUGGCACAGUUGGACUAUGCAGAACCAUAUAAAAGCUCUAUAUUAAAUGGGUUUAUUUACACCACAAAGUAAUAAAUCAGAUGUUGGAAACGUUUUAGUAUGUAUGACAACAUAUGAAUUGAAGGCAUUUGGAGCUUUGUUGCAGGUGUAAUGUAAACUUAUUGAAUCUAAUUUGAAAGCCCAAAGAGCAAUCUGCUAAUAAAUCUUGAGUUUUAUUUUUGUUGCCACAAUAGUUUUUCCAAAUGUUUAUUGUUGAAUUCUGUCCAGAGUUAUACAAACCAAACCGGGCGCUUAAAUGUUCAUUAUUUAAACACGUCAUUCCUGCUAACAUCUCUGUAUGUAUAUGCAUAUAUAUAACUUGUACAAAGGGAAAAUAUGCACACUUGUUUUUACUAAAAUUGUGAAACUGUUUAAUACAAUGCAACGUUUUCUAUUUUGUGUUAUUCCCUUUUUCUGAAGCUGUGUAAUUUAUUUCUCAAAUUGUAUUAUGGUAGAUUCCAGCUCAUUGCAGUUGCUCAUUGUGAAAUCUGAUGUCUAAAUAUUGUGCUUUCGGAAAAAGCAGAUGAGACUCAUUGCCCUUCAUCAUCUCAUCAUGAGCAGAUGUCCAGACGUCCUUUGUAUUCUAGGAAAAAAAAAAGAAGUGAGAAUUGAUAUGAAGUUGGUGUUGGUUGACCUCAAAUCUAUAUUGCGAUCUUCUUUUUUGGGGGGCUAUAUUUGAUAGGAUGUAUGCCUAAUGUUUCCCAUUUUUUCAUUUAAAGGAAUAGUUCUGCCAAAGAUUAAAACUCUCAUCAUUUAUUCACCCU